AUGUGUGACAGAUUAGGCAUAAAAUUAAACUCAAUAGAUGUUCAGAUAGCAGGAAUAGGCGGGAAUAAAAAAAUCAGUAGAGAUAACGUAACAUUAACAAUAGAAUCCCGAAUCAACGAUUUUAGUUCUACCAUAUCAUGCUUGUUAAUAGAUUGUAUCACUCAAGACAUGCCCAAUAUCAGUAUCGACAGAUCACGGAUUUCUGUUCCCUCUCACAUUAAACUGGCGGACCCAGAUUUUGAUAGAUGUCGACCAAUCGAUAUGUUAAUUGGUUCAAGGUUAUUUUGGCAUUUGUUAUGUGUUGGCCAGCACAAAGCGCAAAGUAACUUAUUAUGGCAGAAAACACAAUUAGGUUGGGUUUUAGGAGGCCAAAUUGCCUGGCCCAUUCAAAAGAAGUUACCAAUUCAAAAAUGUUACCUCGUUACGAAUCAAGAGCUCUCAAAUCAAUUAGAACAGUUUUGGUCAAUUGAACAUUUAGGUUCAAAUAAAGAUAUUGAACUGGAUGAGUGUGAGAUACACUUCCAGGCAACUACACGUAGGGAUGUUACAGGCAGAUAUAUAGUCCAGAUUCCAUUUAAUGAGCAAUUAGGGAAAUUAGGAACAUCGCGACAACAAGCGGAAAAACGGUUUAGAUCCUUAGAAGCAAAAUUAUUAAGACAACCUGAUUUACGCGAUCAGUAUGUGCAAUUCAUGAGGGAAUAUGAGAAUUUAGGACAUAUGUCCCGGAUUUCCGUCCCAAAUUUAGAUCGGUGUGGGCAUUCAUUUUAUCUCCCUCACCACGCCGUUACCAAGAUUGAGAGUACAACAACGAAGCUUCGUGUUGUAUUUGAUGGUUCGACAAAAUCAAGUACGGGCAUCUCGCUGAACGACACUCAAAAGGUCGGCCCAACAGUCCAGAGCGAGUUAGUUGAAAUCCUUCUUAGAUUCAGAACACAUCAGUUUGUAUUGUCUGUAGAUAUAGAGAAGAUGUAUCGGCAGAUUUUGAUAGAGCCAGCUCAGCGAUGUUUUCAAAGAAUUUUGUGGCGUCCUGAUAACACUUCCCCAAUAGAAACUUUUGAAUUAAAUACGAUAACGUACGGUACAGCCUCCGCGCCAUUUUUAGCCACCCGCACAUUAAAACAGAUCGGUUUAGAAUGCGCACAAGAAUUUCCAGUUGUCAGUAGAAUAAUUAUCAACGAUUUCUACGUUGAUGAUUUGCUAACGGGGCUGGAUACAGUAGAUGAAUUGAGAUAUGUAAAAGAAAAGUUAUCGCAAAUAGUAGGACAAGCAGGUCUUAAAUUAAGAAAGUGGGCGUCCAAUUCCGCCGCACUUACAGAGCAGGGUUCCAACAUAGAACAUACAUAUAGAAUUGAGUGCAGACAAAGACCCAAAAACUCUUGGUCUUCACUGGUCAACGGUGGAGGAUGA